AUGUUUCAGGCGGCGCUCAUCAAACUGUGGGAAGAGUAUCUGGAGUGCAGACCCGAGAUCGAGAUGCCGGCGCAAGUGAUGCAAUGCAUGGAACUGGUGAUCGACCCGACGAACCCCGCGCGCAUGAUCGAGAUGAAGAGAGUGCACGGCGAGAACGAUUGCGGCAUGUGCGCCUGGAGAAUGACCUUGUUCACGCCCGAGUACCCCGACGGGCGCGACAUCGUGGUCAUCGGCAACGACAUCACGCAUUUGUUGGGCGUUUUCGGCCCCAAAGAGGAUAUGGUGUUCCAGAAGGCCAGCGAAAGGGCGCGCGCGAUGGGAGUGCCGCGCAUCUACUUGUCGGCCAAUUCGGGCGCGCGGAUCGGUUUGGCCGAAGAGGUGAAGGGACACUUCCAGGUGGCGUGGUUUGACGAGACCAAUCCCGACAAAGGGUUCAAAUACUUGUAUUUAACGCCCGAACAAUACAAACGCGUCUCGGAGUCCGUGAAAGUGGAGCUCAUUGUGGAGGAUGGAGAGACGCGAUACAAGAUCACAGACAUCAUCGGUCAGGGCGAAGGACUCGGCGUCGAGAACCUGAAGUACGCGGGAAUGAUUGCCGGCGAGUCGUCGCAGGCGUACAAUGAGAUCGUGACCAUAACGAUGGUCACGUGUCGCGCCAUCGGAAUCGGCUCGUAUUUGGCGCGUCUGUCGCAGCGCGUGAUCCAAAUCGACAAUUCGCAUAUCAUUCUGACGGGUGCCGGCGCUCUCAACAAACUGCUCGGCCGCGAAGUCUACACUUCCAACAACCAAUUGGGCGGAAUUCAAAUCAUGUACGCCAAUGGCGUGUCCCACUGCACCGCUCAGGACGACCUCGAGGGCGUGUCCACUGUUCUCAAGUGGCUGUCUUACAUCCCGUGUCGGCGUUUCUCUCCUCUCCCGAUGAUCGAGUCUUUGGAUCCGAUCGACCGCGAGGUUGUCUUCACGCCCACGUCUUCGCCUUACGACCCGCGAUGGCUAUUGCAGGGCAGAGAGAACCCGCAGGGCGUCUGGGAGGACGGCUUCUUUGAUCGCGGCUCGUGGCAGGAGAUCCUGUCGGGUUGGGCGCUCACAGUCGUGGCCGGAAGGGCGCGAUUGGGCGGAAUCCCCGUCGGAGUGAUUGCCGUCGAGACGCGAACCAUUGAGCUGAUCAUUCCGGCCGAUCCCGCGAAUCUCGACUCCGAGACCAAAGUGGUGUCUCAAGCGGGACAGGUCUGGUUCCCCGACUCGGCCUACAAGACGGCGCAAGCCAUCGAAGACUUUGCCCGCGAAGACCUGCCGCUCAUAAUCUUCGCGAAUUGGCGCGGAUUCUCCGGCGGAAUGAAAGACAUGUACGACCAGGUCGUCAAAUUCGGCGCCUAUAUUGUGGACGCUCUGCACGAAUACAAACAACCCAUUGUUGUCUACAUUCCGCCGUUCGCCGAACUCAGAGGCGGCGCGUGGGCUGUGCUCGACGCGACCAUAAAUCCGCGACACAUGAAGAUGUUCGCCGAUCCGGACGGCAGAGGCGGCGUUCUGGAGCCCGAGGGAACCGUCGAGAUUCGGUUCCGCGCCAAAGACUUGGUGAAGACAAUGCAUCGCUGCGACAACGGCUGCAAAGACCUCUUGAAGCAAAUAAACGAAAGCAAUUCCGCGGACGAGAAGAAGCGAUUGGAGCGCGAAUUGGCGGACAGGGAGUCGUCGCUGAUGGGAAUGUACCAUCAGGUGGCGCUUUCCUUCGCCGAUCUUCACGACACGCCGAACCGAAUGUACGAAAAGGGAUGCAUUACUGACGUUGUCUUGUGGCACAAAUCGCGGCUUUACUUCUACUGGCAUUUGCGGCGCGCACUCAACGAGAACCGCGGAUGCAUUACUGACGUUGUCUUGUGGCACAAAUCGCGGCUUUACUUCUACUGGCAUUUGCGGCGCGCACUCAACGAGAACCGCGUUAUCGACGAAAUCCAAGCCAUUGUGCAGAACAAGAAUGAAUUGGAGGCCAAGUCUAUGAUUAGGCGUUGGUUUAUAGAGCACUGCGGACAACACAACCAACACUUAUGGGACGACAACCGAGCGGUCGCCGAAUGGCUGUCCACUCAACUCGAGACCACGUCUUCGACUGUCAUUGAGAACAUUCGCUGCAUUCAAAGAGAUGCGCUCACUCAACAGAUCCAGGGCUUCUAUACGGACUUCCCUUCGGCCACUUUCGACUCUUUGGUGCAAUUGAUUCACUCGGGAAUGACUCACUCGAACCGAAUGUACGAAAAGGGAUGCAUUACUGACGUUGUCUUGUGGCACAAAUCGCGGCUUUACUUCUACUGGCAUUUGCGGCGCGCACUCAACGAGAACCGCGUUAUCGACGAAAUCCAAGCCAUCGUUCAGAACAAGAACGAAUUGGAGGCCAAGUCUAUGAUCAGACGGUGGUUUAUAGAGCACUGCGGACAACACAACCAACACUUAUGGGACGACAACCGAGCGGUCGCCGAAUGGCUGUCCACUCAACUCGAGACCACUUCUUCGACUGUCAUUGAGAACAUCCGCUGCAUUCAAAGAGAUGCGCUCACUCAACAGAUCCAGGGCUUCUAUACGGACUUCCCUUCGGCCACUUUCGACUCUUUGGUGCAAUUGAUUCACUCGGGAAUGACUCGUCAGCAGAGGACAGACCUUUUGGCCACUUUGGUCUCUCUCGACGCUCAGACCCCGAAGUCUCCCCAAAUGACCGCUUCUUCGGCCGACAGCAGCGAAAGCGUCGACAUUAAGAGCGAAGAAACGGUUCUCAAAGAGGAAGAAAUCUAAAUCUAUUUUUUAUACAAUAUUUAGUGAAAUAAUUGUUGAGUUUUUUAUAUUUUUAAAAUACAUUCCAUUAAUAAAUGUCUUUAAAAGAGA